UCAACGUGUACGACGAGAAUGUGAGGACGUAUAGCGUGUGUACGUGGGCUUUCCAGAUAGGAACUCGCGGCGGGAUCGAACGAACAGAAAUUUAGUGCAAGCCAACACAGCAAGUGGAAGUAAAAGAGAGUUUUGCUUAAGUCAAGAAAACCUGAGGUGAAUUGCGCCUGUGUAGAUGAGCAAACUGAUCUGGCGGUGAAAAAAAAAAAGUCCGUCUGUCCCUUGCAGGAUUCCAGCAUGACGCUUCGUGCAAACAUCAUGGCAGCGGCGUCCUCGCCCUCCUCCAGCCUCCUGCUCCUGCUCCUCACGUCCUCUUCACCAUGGCUGCCGUCUCUGACCUUGGCCUAUGUCUCUGACUGGCACCACAUGACACCAUCAGCUCCUGUUGAACCUCACUUCACUGAGUGUAUCUCCCGGGACCAGGUAACAUUCAGCUGCUGGUGGAGUCCCGGUAGCUUCCAUAACUUGACGGAUCCCGGAAUGCUGAAGGUCUACUACCAGAAGCGAGAUAUAGACUCUCCCACCAAGACUGAAUGGAAAGAGUGUCCAGAGUAUUUCCACUCGAGGAGGGAGUGCUUCUUUGACAGAAACCACACAGUCAUCUGGACCCCCUACUGCUUGCAACUGCGCAGUCGAGACAACAUCACCUAUUUCAACACGGACUACUGUUUCACAGUGGAAAAUAUUGUACGUCCUGACCCUCCAGUGUCUCUCAAUUGGACCUGCCUAAAUGUGAGUCCCUCCGGGCUCAAUUACGACGUCAUGGUGAUGUGGGAGCCGCCCCCCUCCGCAGACGUGUCAGUGGGCUGGAUGAACGUUGUCUAUGAGGUCCAAUACAGAGAGAGGAACAGCUCCAACUGGGAGACACUGGAGGUUCAGCUGGAGCCCCAAACCCAACAGACAAUCUAUGGUCUCCAUUUAGAUAAAGAAUAUGAGGUGCACAUUCGCUGCAGUAUGAAAGCCUUCUCUAAGUUUGGAGAGUUCAGUGAAUCCAUCUUCAUUCAAGUGUCAGAGAUUCCCACUAAAGAUUCUUUUUCCCUGCUCACGCUGGUUAUUGUUUUGGCAAUUGUGGCUGCAGCCAUUCUCAUCAUGUGGAUUGUUGUUUCACAGCAGCACAGAUUAAUGGUGAUUCUGUUGCCACCAGUUCCGGUGCCAAAAAUUAAAGGUGUGGAUCCAGAGCUGCUAAAGAAAGGAAAACUUGAUGAGCUGAACUUCAUCCUUAGCAGUGGAGAUUUGGUUAGUGGCCCCAUGUAUUCACCAGAUUUUUACCAAGAUGAGCCAUGGGUGGAAUUUAUCGAGGUGGAUGUGAAGGAUUCGGACGCUGGGGAAAAAGAGGACAUCCAGGCAUCAGACACCGAGAGGCUCCUGGGGGGCUCUCAGCCUGCCAGGCACCGAGUGGGGUGCUCUAACGUCCCCAGCUUUCCUGACCGCGAAUGCGCUUAUGACCUGAACGGUCCAGCCGAAGAUGGGACCACACUAAAUUGCAUGCUACCGGGCCAACCUGAUGACAGAUUAGCUUCCCUCUGCGUUGAUUCGGAGCGUGGCGAGAGGCUCCCAGUGCCCUCUCAAACCAGCGGCCCUCAAACUUGGGUCAACACGGAUUUCUAUGCUCAGGUCAGCAAUGUCAUGCCCUUCGGAGGUGUGGUGCUGUCCCCCGGCCAGCAGCUUAGGACCCAAGAGGGAGCCCCCGCUUCAAACGAAGACGUAAAGGAGGCCAACAAAAAAAGUCAAGAGAAGAAUAAGCAGAAAGAACCUCAGUUCCAGCUUCCGGUGUUGGAACCGGACACAGUCAGCCGCACCCAGCAGAUGAUCCCCCCACUUUACUGUUCCAUCCCCGCCGAGAGCUAUCAGUCCGCCGAGCCCCAGCCGGCAGCUGAGGCCAGCCGGUCACCGUACGAUUCCCCCGACUCUCCCCAGGCACAACAUUUUAGCCCCGUGGCGGACUACACUGUGGUACAGGAGCUUGACAGUCAGCGCGGUGUUCUGCUUGACCCACCAUCCCUCCAGUCUGCAUCAUCGUGCCUGUCACAGCACCCCCUCAAAUCUGUCCACGCAUUACCCACUGGGUACGUUACCCCUGACCUGCAGGGGGUGCUUUUGCCUUAAACGUAACACAUUUAGAUGUCAGAUGACUCCAAACGACCGAUCCGGGAUGGGACUCGAACAUACGCUAUCUUGUAUCUGCGACUUCAAAUUGUAACUUAUGUGCUUCUAGUUCUGUUUUCUUGCAAAGGACAGGGGAGAGAGUUUUUAGAAGCAGUGGGAAUCGGUUUGACAGUAAUCAUCCAAGUCUUAAGCUUGCAGAAAGAAGAAGCGGUUGCCCUGUUACACAGAUGGCAAAGGAAGAAGCAUUCACCAUUAUUGAUACCUCUUAGUAGAUUAAAUAAUUGACACAACUUUCAAAUCUGCAGUAUAUGCUUACAAGAGAUGUAGAACUAUCAUUACUCUUCUCACACUGCAAGAAGCUACAUGUUUUGUUAUUUUCUGCAAAAUUCUAUUUCUAAUAAUCCAUUAUGCAUUAGCUGGUCAAAGUAUGAGUGAAAUUAAUUUUUUGUUUGUUGAAUUUGUAAAUUUUUAGCUGAAAUCCUAUGAAAAGUGCUUCAUCGCACGUACAGUAUAACUGACAAUUUGACGUGUCUGGUCAGAAAGCAUUUGUGAUUUGCAGAUAAAGGAUUUUCAUCCAGUCAUCCAAAUCGCUUUCCUUUAAAAAUGUGGCUAGGGCAUGAAAAACAAGUAUGACUGCAUUAUACAAAUGAACAUGGACAACAUAUUAAUAGUGAUAUGAUAUUUCUUGUUGCCUAGCAGGAGGCUGCUGUAGGUCAUUCAAUGGCACAAAGAAAAUUGCCAUAAAUGCUGACUAAAGGGAAAGCACAUUUUAUAGGCGUUUAUGGCAGGAAUUAUUUUUUCCACUUGCCUUAAUUUCAUUAUACUUUCAUCAAUCUUACAUACUGUGCUUAAAGGAGGGAGACGGAUUGAAUACCAUGCCGUCAGAACUGUAGCUACAAUUCAUUUAAAGCUGCUGUAGAUGUACCAGGCAGACACACGCUCACAAUCAAUUCCAGCUCGUAGAUGACAAACUUACAAUGUUGUUUUGAUGUUUUUAUAUGCGGUAUGUUCAUGUCUAAUUCAGGGAUGGCAACUAGAUUGAGUGGAAAGAAUGUGAAGGUGUGUCAUUAGGUCAAAGUAACAGAAAUUCAAAGGUAUGUUUUCCCUGACAUGGGAAUGAUUUUCUAUAAAAAUGAAGGAAGUUCCCAGAAAGAAACCCCCUUUUGCUUGAGCUUCUGUUCAGCGACUGUGAAUGUGUGGAAACUGGAAUACGUACAGUAUAUGCAAUGCAAUCAGUGACAGCCAGUCAAGAGGUAUUACUUUGAAGACCUGUGCAAGCGUGUCAGUGUAACGUGUUUAUGUGUGUGUGUUUGACAGCUCACAAUUGUGUUAAUACUUAACAUAACGGAUAUAUUGAUUGCAAACAUAUUUCAUCUGUUCUCGACACUUAAGAUUGAGCACUUUGUAUAUGUUGGUCAGAUAGUGUUCUCAUGAGAAAUUAGUAGGAUUUCAUACGAAAAGUAGGGUUUACAUUUCUUGCCUGUUUUCGAAUGAAAUAUUUUCCUGAUAAACUAUGAAAAAAUGUAGCGUUUUUUUCUGCUUAAAAAAUGUAAUAGGAGCAUUAAAAUACAGUUAUUGCCAUAUAGUAGUAGUAAAGGCUGUCAAAGGGUUAACUUUUUUUUUUUUUUUUUUUUCAAUAUUAAUACAUUAUUGUUAACUAAAUUCUUGUGACAAUACUAUUAAGGUUUAGAUGUAACAUACAUA